GCGGUGAAAAUGGAAAGGAUUUCCCGGCAUCUUUUUGUGUUUGUGUGCGGUACGUCCUCGUACAGCGGGCCGGUGUGAUUAGGUUUGUCGUUUAAUUAGACAUUUUCUGCAUAUGUGAUGCCGUAAUUGAAGAGAGUAAACAUGUAAUGCCAAGAUUCAGUGAGCUUGGAUAAUCACCUUGGAUCCUGCAUCACUCGCCUGGCGGCAGGUUUCCAUCUUGUCCUGUCAAGUAGAUCAUGAGCGCAGUGGCUGGUAGCCAAUCCGCAAGAAAGAUGCCGACAGGUUCAUCAAGAAGGAAGGCUAGGGUGCCUCUGCACAUCACCAGGCAAGCCAUCAUUGAAGAUGGCCCAGCCAUGGACAAUGAAGACGAAGAGGAUACGGGAUUCCUGGAUCCAGAUAUCCCAAGUACGAGCAGCAAGGCCAUGUGCAACGGAAUGGGCGUCGGUGAAGAUAGUCCCAAGGUGGAGACCACCAAAGAGGAACCGGAACUUCCUGAGGGUACGAUUGUCGUCCAGCCUGAAGCCGUGCCCGAUAACGAGAAUGAUUUUGAAGGGCCAGAGUUUAAAGCGAAAGGCAGAACCAGACGUAGUAUACACAAAGAUGUCAUCAGUGACAUUAAUCGAGUUCACUGCACGUCCUGUAAUAACCAGGUCAACCAUCUAGAUACCAGGUCGUUCAAGUCGCACCCUGCCUUGAAGGUCGUCCUCUGUCGGAAAUGUUUUGACUACUACAGCAGCGGCAAGUUCACGCAGGAUGACGAUGGCAUUGAUGAGCAGUGCCGCUGGUGCGCCGAGGGCGGCAGCCUCAUCUGCUGUGACUUCUGCUGCAACGCCUUCUGCAAGAAGUGCAUCAAGCGCAACCUGGGCCGCAGCACCCUGUCGGCCUUGCUCAGUGGCGAGGGCACCAAGUGGCACUGCUAUGUCUGCGACUCCUCACCGCUAAAGCAACUGCAGCAGACGUGCAAAGAUGUCACGCACGGCAUCAAGAGGUUGGAAGAGGCGGCCAAAGCCCGACGCGCCCACCUGAGUCACAGUGCUGCAUCCACAGAGACCUCUGAUGUUGAGGAGACUCAAGGGCUUCUGCAUCCCAGUAUCAGCAGCCUGAGCGUCAGCCUCCGAAUUAAACCCAAAGCCCCAAGCUUGGAGAUCACACAGGAAGGUCUGAGGGUCCUCAGGCCGCAGGGAGGGGAUCGGCACGGACUCAAGAUGGCCCUCUGGAUGAUGCGCAGCCUCAUACAGACCUCUGAGAAAGCAGAGAAGGCCAUUAAGAAACAGCUAGCUGCCAAACAGGGCACCAGCAAGACAGAAAAACCCUCAGGAGAUGAAGUGCAAUCCGACGACAAGAAGUGGGUUAUGAUGAAGAUCGGCAACGGGAACUUAAAAAAAUCCACUACGAAACAGAAUGGACAAACCUCUCUGAGCUCUAAGACCCAAGAUCAUCCGUCAGCAAAACCUCAGAGUGACCAAAAAAGCAUUAAAAAGGAGACCUCUCCAUCACCUGCUGAUGUCAAUGGAAAAAUUGCUUCAGAUUCUUCUACAUCGGAGGUAGAAAACAAACCGAAAGUAGAAAAAGACAAUUCUGGGAUAACCACACCAGAUGAGCAGAGUGAAGAAAAAGAACAAGCUGAGAUUGAGAAAGCUGAUGCAGGAUUGUCUGGACAAAAAGAGAGCAGCAAGAAAUCGUUGAGGACAAGGAGUAGUAAAGAGAAAGACAUUGAAGAAAAUGAAGAAACAGAAAUGGACCUUGAUCAGGAGGAGAAAGAAAUAGAGGACAUGGAAACAGAAAAUAAUGAAGAGACCAAAGAAGAAGCACUUGAGGUUGAUAAGCCUGAAGGCAAGGAAGAUGCACAGCAGAGAAAUGAUGCUGAUGAGGAUGAAAAAAAGGAACAGGAAGAAGAAGAAGAGGCGAAUGCUGAGGAACGUAGUGAUCAAGAUGUUGAGUGCGAGAAGGCACUUAUGGAGGAAAUCAGCGGCAUGGCGUCAGAUCACUCAGUAGAGGAACCCUCCACUCCGAAGAUGGAGAGACCAGACAGAAAGCAUCUCACAAGCAUCACACCCCUCCGCAUCAAACUGGAGAAGAUCCCUCCGUCCAAAUUGGAGCAGUCCUACACAAAAGAGCGUAGCAAAUCUCCACGGCGACAGAAGACUACACCAAGAAGUUCAAGGAGCAGCUCCUUGAAACAAGAAUCGGAUUUGUCAGAGAACGAUGUGGAGGAGACUGACACAGGUACGAGCACACCAAGGGAUAAACAAGUCUCCAAGGAAUUGUUGGAUAAAAAGGAAGAUGACUCAUCAGAUGACUCUGAAUCCUCUGAGAGCAAUGAGAGCGAUCUGGAAGAUAUAGAUUGGAAGAGUACACCAAGGAGGUCCUCCAGAAGGCAGCAGAAAGAAAGUGAUGAUGGCAAAGAAAAGGAGCAUAAAAAGCUCAAGAAAAAGAAGGUUAACAAAAAGGAAAAGAGCACGGAAAAAGGUGGUUCUAAGGAUUCUGACUCUGAAAUAGACUUUCCAAAGUCUCCUAUAAAGAAGAACGUACUGAAGAGUCCCAAGGGUCCUGGAAAGGACUCUAGCAACAUGGAGGAUGAUGACUCUGAGGAAAUUGAACGUCUCCUCACUCCAAGGAAGUCCAAGACCAGGCAGUCAUCCAGGCUGAAGCAGACACCAAAGUCAGCUUCCAAGUCCAAGGCCAAAUCCAAGAGUAAAGUCCGGGAUUCAGAUUCCUCCAACUUUGAUUCCGACCUUGAGAGGCAGAUUAACAAUUUGACCAAGGCACCCAAGAUGAACCAGAAAGACCGGGAAAAUCAAGAAGACAGUGAAGAGGAAGAUUCGGGUCCAGAGGUGAAGAAGGCUGAAGAGGAAAGUGAUGCGGAGUCUAACAAGGAAAAGGAAGGUAAAGGUACCUCAUCCAAGAAGCCUAAGAAAUCCAAGAAAGACUCCGAUUCAGAAGAUGAAACAAACAACAAGAAGCCAAAAUCAAAGAAAUCCAAAAAAGGAAAUGACAGCUCUGACUCCAGCUCUGAUUCUGAAGAUGAGGCUUUGGAAAAUGAUGAGAGUCAAGUUGGGGACGAUGUCCAGCGAAUGGAGAAUGUCGGGCAACAAGACGGUGGUGACAGCGAUCUGGAAAACAAACUUGCAGAGCAACAGCUGAUGGAAGAAAUAGAGGCUGAAUUGGACAAGGAAGAUGCAGACGACGACGAAGAUGAUGAGGACAGUAGUGAUGAAGAUUCGGACUCCGACCAGCCAAAAAAGAAGAGCAGAGGAAAGAAGAAAAAUAAGACGGCUGAAGAUAGUGAUGAUGAAGAUGAAUUCAAAGCUGCAUCGGGUGAGGAAGAAGAGGAUGAGGAUGACGAUGAGGAGGAUGAUGAAGAUGAAGAAUUUUCAGACUCAGAUGAUGAGAAGUCUUCUAAAAAGAAGCCUGGCAGGCGUCAUCGUCUCAUGAGAAUCAAGCUUGGGGAAUCCAGCAGUAGCGGUGAUGACGCAGACGCCUCAGACUCGGGCUCCCGGAAGAAAAAGAAAUCCAAACGGGGCCGGAAACGGGAUCAGGGCAGCCGCAGCUCCUCCUCUGACUCUGACUCUGUCUCGGAAAAGCCCAAGAAAGGAAGCAAGCAAGGGCGCCGUAGGAAGAGGUCAUCCACUGGGAGCGACAGUUCCAGCAGGGACUUUCAAAAGGACAGGAGCUACAAGCGGGGCAAGGGAAAAGGCAAGAAGAGACGGCGAAUCAAGGUGGCUACUGACUCGGACUCGGACGUCCAGAAGAAAAAAGGAUCUGGAAGUUCUGAGGAGGAAAAAGACACACCCAGUAAGCACGGCCGUAAGAAGAUCCGCAAGCUGAUCUCCAAGAACAGACUGCAGGAGGAGACGGUACGUGCAGCCAAGGAGGAGCGAGAACGCCGGAAACGCAUCACGGAGAAACGUAAACAGGUGACUGAGAUAUCGGAGGAGGCAGCCGAAACCAUGGGAACCGUGGACGAAAUCAUUUUAGAGUCGGACACUAAGACCAAGAAGGUCUUACUGUCUGUUGAGGAUUCCCUGGCGAAGCAGCUUAAACCUCAUCAGGUUGAAGGAGUGCAGUUCAUGUGGGACUGUACUUUUGAAUCCAUGGAGAAACUGAAGGAGAAGGGGUCCGGCUGCAUCCUGGCUCACUGCAUGGGACUAGGCAAGACACUCCAGGUGAUCACGUACCUACACACCAUCAUGAUGAAUGAGAAGAUCAGCAUCAAAAACUGCCUGGUCGUGGCCCCGCUCAACACCGUUCUAAACUGGGUGUCCGAGUUUGAGAAAUGGCUCGGAGAGGACAGCGCCAUCGAAGUCUUCGAGAUUACCAGCUACAAGAACAACUGGCAGCGCGCUGACGCGCUGAAAUACUGGCACGACAACGGCGGUGUGAUGGUCAUGGGUUACUCCAUGUACCGACAGCUGGCCAUGCACAAGUUUGUCAAGAACAAGAAACAACGGGCCAUCUUCACGCAGGCUCUGGUUGAUCCAGGUCCAGACAUUGUCGUUUGUGACGAGGGUCAUAUGUUGAAGAAUGACGCCUCGGCCAUCUCCAAAGCUCUGAAUUCCAUCGGCACGCGACGACGCAUCUGUCUGACGGGAACGCCACUACAGAACAAUCUCAUCGAAUAUCAUUGUAUGGUGGACUUUGUCAAGCCCAAUCUGCUGGGUACGCGCAGGGAGUUCCUGAACCGGUUUGUCAAUCCGAUCACAAACGGGCAGUGUGCCGACUCCACACCGAGAGACGUCAAGAUUAUGAAGCGGCGGGCUCACGUUCUGCACGACCUGCUCAAUGGCUGUGUACAGAGAAAAGACUAUAGCGCUCUCACCAAAUUUUUGCCGCCGAAACACGAGUACGUCAUCUCGGUGCGCCUCACCGACGUUCAGAUCAAGCUCUAUGAGCUCUACCUUGGGUCGCAGUCCCGCAACGACACCGGCCAGCUUAUAGAUGGAUCCAGCAAAGGGUCGGGCACCGGCUUGUUUGCCGACUACCAGCAACUGAUGCAGAUAUGGACCCAUCCCCACGUGUUGAAGCUCAGCGAGAUUCGUCAAGAAAAAAUUCAAGCCCGCAACUACAUGUCGGACUUUGUCACGUCAAACUCGGAGUCCGAGGUCUGCGACAGCAGUGACAGCAUCCAGCAGUUUAUGGUUGACGGCAGCGACCCGGAGGAGAUUGUCAUCGACGACGGUGACGACGAUGACAAACCGUCAACGUCAGCAGGCAUCAGAGGCACGCGAAGGACCAGGGGAAUGGCUCAGCAGCAAGCCAUGAUGCAGGAGAAAGACAUGGACCAGCAGCCAGUGAGGAAAAAGGCAAAAGGUUCAGGCGACUCGGACAGCAGCAUGGAGAUCAUCAAGACUUGGAAGACUCGAAGUCGAUGCAGAGACCCCGAUGGGGAGUACAUCACUCGAUCUCCAUCUCCGAACCUGCCCACCUCCAAGCCCAAGUGGUACGACGAGUACCUUCAGGAAGGAGACGACACCAAGAUUGAACUGAGUGGCAAACUGGUGCUUCUCUUUGAGGUCCUCAAGUACGCUGAGAGCAUCGGAGAGAAAUUAUUGGUGUUUAGUCAAAGUCUACUGUCCCUAGAUCUGAUUGAGGACAUGUUGCACAGCCUGGAGGAAAAGGCUCAGGUUGAGAGGGAGGAGGGCAGCCAGGAUCUAUCUGAACAGGUUGGAGGCAUCGGUUCGUGGGUCAAAGGGGAAGAUUAUUUCCGCAUGGACGGCUCCACCAGUGCGGCAUUCCGCAAGGCUUGGGCCCAGACCUUCAACGAUAUGAACAACUACAGGGCUCGUCUAUUCCUGAUCUCGACCAAGGCGGGCUCCCUGGGUACCAAUCUCAUCGGAGCCAAUCGCGUCAUCAUCUUUGACGCGUCUUGGAACCCCAGUCAUGACAUCCAGUCCAUCUUCAGAGUCUACCGCUUCGGCCAGACCCGGGCCGUUUACAUCUACAGAUUUGUCGCACAGGGUACCAUGGAAGAAAAGAUCUACGAGCGACAGGUCACUAAGCAAUCCCUGUCUUGUCGCGUUGUCGACGAGCAUCAGAUUGAACGUCACUUCACAUCCCAAGACCUGUCGGAACUCUACACCUUCAACCCAGAACGGCUUGAUGACCCCAACGUGCCGGAGAGGGAGACGCCGGUUCUGCCGAAGGAUUAUGUCCUAGCCGAGAUACUGAAGCGCAAAGACAAGUGGAUUGUCAAGUACCACGAGCACGACUCUCUCCUGGAGAACAUUGAAUCGGAGGAGCUGAAUGAGGAGGAACGCAAGAACGCCUGGAAGGAGUAUGAAGACGAGAAGGAAGGCAGGAUGCGUAUGGGCUUUGACCCACGCAUGCUGGCCAACCAAGGCAUGAACCAACAGGACCUGGCACAACUACAGCAAAUGUGGUACGCUGGGCUGAAUCCGAACCAGGGUAUAUAUGGUGCUCAGGCAGCUGCUCAAUUGAUGGCUAACCCCCAGCAACGUUACGUAAUGAUGCCGGGUGGCAACAUGAACCCAUCCUUUAUGAUGGAACAGCAAGCCUUAUCAGCAGCAUCCAGCAACGACUAUCAGCAAUUCCAGAACAUGAUUAGGUAUCAACGGCAACUGCAGCAGAUGCAGCAGCUGCAGCAACAACAAAAGCAGCAACAACAGCAGCAGCAGCAACAACAGCAGGAGCUUGCCCGGAUGCGCUCGGCGUCAACCAUGAACGAGAUCAUCGCCCAGCAGCUAAUGGCCAGCAGUAAGCCGGCUACGGCGCCCUCUUCUUCUGCCACCUCCAAGUUCGUCACGAGCGCCCAGAUGCAGCAGAUCCUGCAGAAAAUCGGCGCUGCAAAGAGCGCAGACAAGCUAAACCAGUCACCCUUCGGAACGGGCGGGCCCUGGAGCGGAAUCGGCGGCGGGAAAGGCGGUCCUCCCGGGACUUCCUCCGGAGGUACCAAGUAAUUCACAAGUAUAUCACAAGUCAAUUCACAAGCAUAAAAGGACAUGAGCCAUUAGCAAAUAUGCACUUGAAUAGCUUAACCAUCCUAUGAAAACAUACAUUCUCUGCCAAGUUGUUCUUUCAGUCCAAAUCAAGUGACUGUUUUCAUCAGUUAAGAGCUCCCAGCCUACAUGAAGCAGGAUUGACUGGCUGUGACUGUUUAUGUAACUUGAUACAGCUAUGCUUUGCCUGUAGGCGAUCGAUAAGACAGCUGUACCUACCAGUCACUUGCUUUUUUGUCUGUUGACUGAAUUUGACUAGUCGCGGUGAUGCUGGAAUUUUGAUCUGACUGCUGGUGACUGCUCUGUGUAAAGGCAUGGCAGGGGAAGGGGAUGAAGUUUUUGACUGUCUGUGACUGUUGAAACAGUAGGAGGUUAAAGAAUAGCUUGUCACAGUUCAUUGAAAUAGCUUUUGAGUUGUACUUGGGACUAGAUUGCUUGUGAUGGACUUGUGAUGGACUUGUGAUAGCUUGUGAUGGUUUGUGAGUGAUGACAAGCACUCCAACUACAACACCGAGUAAUCAUGUCUUUAGGCCUCACUGUGUACUGUAUGUAGCACGGCUAUUUAUUCUUCACUUUAAAAUGCAUUUGAAAACAGCUUGGACUUCAAAACCUUUUUGCACAUUGUAUUACAUUGUAUAACAUUGUAUUACAUUGUAUUAACUCAGUCAUGAAUCCAUAAAAAGCACACAAUGCUGGGCAGCUCGGGGGCCAUGUAAUGAGUAACAUGCAGGGUUGCUUUCGGUAAAUUAGCUAACGGGUUUAGAUAAUUUAUUCUUCCUUGCAUUGCACAAACAAAUGAAUGGAAAAAACGUCAAGAAUAUCUUUAGGUUGUGUAUCCACCGAGAUCGGUUGAAAGACUUUAAUAGAAAUAAGUUUCUAAGAUCAUAACUGGAGCAAUGUACAGCAAACAAACGAACUUGUAAGAGCUGCUACAAUUGUCGCAGUGUUACGAACUGCUGCGUCAGAACAAGAAAAAAAUACCCCCCCCCCAAAAAAAAUAAAAAAUAAAGGGGUUGGUAUUUAUUAACGUUAUACAUUGUAUUCUCCAUCAUUGUAUUAACAGAAGAAUGAUCCGCCUGCUAAUUAAAUGUAAUUUAUUUGAUUCAAAUUUAUUAGAAAAUUGAAAUUAAGAAGAAAAAAAGAAGGGAAAAAAAUUAUGUUAACAACUUAAAUGACAACUUUCCCAAUUUUGCGGUCGUGUGACUUCGUUUGCGUUUUACAUUUGGUAAAUUGCAUAAGUUAAAUAAAAGUUGUGAUGAAGUUCAGACAUGUCCUUUGUUAGGAGGAAAUGUUGACUUUUAGACAAAAACAACUCUGUAAUAAUUUGACAAGUUGUAAUUAGCACAGCUGCACAUGUUGCCGGUUGAAACGUUUGCUAAACAGUCAAGUAUAUGCAUGCUUGUAGAGUAGAUGGCACAUUUCUCACAAAAUAGAAGUAAAAUCCUUGUUAUUAAGAAGUCUUGAAACUUUGGACUAUUUUUAAACAGCGUUUUUUAUAUUUAUUUAUUGCUGAACAUACAAUUCCAGAAUGGCAUCGAUACUCAAGAUUUUUUAAAAUUCUUUGAUUGAGCAAAGUGAAGAAUUGACUAAAAUUAGCGCUCGAUAUUUGCUGUGAAUAUUCGGAAAGAAUUCCAAAGAUUUAGACUAUUUGCUUGGACCAAAUGUCGAUGUAAAAUAGUUUCGGAUCUGAAAAGUGUCUCAGUAUUGCUUGCGUGUUUAAAUCAGAUUCAUGUGUGCUCAUUAUGUGUGCACUUGUUUGAACAUUGUUAUUCUUUACUAAAUUCACUCGUUAUCUCAAUAUUUUGGAUGUAAAGACUUUAUCAAAGUCUUUUACAUCUUUAUUCAUUCAGAAAUUAGGUAAACGUACAUUUUUUGUUAUUGUGUCACACAUUUUUUUGUUUUUUUCUUAAAGUCCAUAAGCCAUUUGCAAAUUGAUUUCGAGUAACAUCUGGAACCCUGACUUGUUCAAAUGUUUGGCACAUUUUAACACUGAAUUCUCCAGACUUAUGAGACUGUUGCUGUAUCAUGCGAUUCGGGGCAAGCCUUAUGCUAGCAACCCCCAACUCCGGAAUGGUCUGGUGUCUUUGUGCCAUUCUCCGCAAUUGUGAGCAGUGUAUUGGUGUUGAGCGUCUCUUACGUAACUAUGCAAGAGUUUGCCCCGAAUCAUGUGAUAUAGCAACAGUGUCUUUGGUCUGGAGAAUUCAAAGUUAAAACGUGCCAAGCAUUAUGAGCAAGUCGUUGUACCAGAUGUUAUUGAAAUUGAACUUUUAAAGGGUAUAGGUUAUUCGCAAAUGGCUUAUUGAACAAGAAAGUCCAUGUGAUACUUAAAGCUACAUGUAUAUGUACAUGUAUUUAGCCUGAACACUGCACAGCUAAUCAGUAAUCAUUAUGUAUUAAAUUGUAAUAAAACCACAUUGUAUGUGACAUUGUGUGCUGUAACAAGACUUUCACUUUAGCUUUGCAGCACCAGUAAUAACACAAAAUUAUUGAAGUAUGUAUCUCGCGUAAUUAAUUAUAAACGAAGUAAUCAUAAAUGUCGCUUGAAAUAAUCACUGGUCCAGAGGUUGUGGCACAGAAAUCUACUAGAAAAUGAUCUAAACUUGUUAAGUUUAUCAUUUCCUUCAAAUCUGCAAAAAAAAAUCGGACAGAAUUUCGGAUUUCGUAGUGCACCUCUGUUGAGGCAUGCUCUCACACUUUGUUCGUGCACAAGGAAUGUUCCACUUGGUUUUCUGAACUAAUUGUACGAUAUCGGGAGAACUUUCUCGCGUAGAAAAGGUUAUAAUUUUGCAGAGUUGUCAUUUACUUGUACGUGUUGUGGCAAUAUUUAAUCUCACAGAGGCUUAACAGGUGAUCAGCGAUUGUACCAACAAAUCUUAGCCAUUAAGCAUGACGUGAAGGUGCGAUAAAAUUUACAGAAUCUUUUGCUUUCAAAAUUUUUAGUAUCUAUUUUGUUUUAUAAAACCUGAAGUCAUAUAUGAAGGGGGGGGGGGAAGUACAUGUAAUGCCCAUUCUUCUAAAUCUGUUAGAAACAACAAACGUAUUUUAAACAACAGUGAAUGUAUAUUAAAGUUCAUUUAUUAUUCUGGAAAGAUGCCCCUGUUCGAGUUUAACAUUAUCCAAAUUGUGCAUCGUAUUCCAAGUGUUGUGAAUAUACAGAAAGGUUGCAUCUAUUCUUGUUCCUUAAAACAUAUUAGUUCCUUAACCAGUUUACGCCGGGAUUAUUUUGACAAGAACGGAACGAGGCGCAGGAUUACUUUUCACUCGACCUCCGAAGCAGGCGGGUCGAAGCCAUCACGCUCGGGCAGCACACUCAUAUUUCCGGCCUCGCCCCUGCGUGUAUAUCCAUCAUCCGUUCCGAAUACCGCAAAACUUUGCGUGUAUACACUUUGUACAUGGCUUCCGGCACGAACUGGUUAAGAGGUAUUAAAUGUUAGGGGUAAUUCUUUGAUAAUUUGAUGAAAAAGAACAAAUGAUGUAGACGUGCAGAACCAGAGAAUAAGUAACUUUUCCCAACUUUAUAGUUGUAUCAACAAAUACAGCAGACUAUUUGCGCUGGGCAAGUGUAUGAAAAAAACAAAAGAGUUAAAAUAGCCUAAAGUAACAUUGAAGGCGAGAUUUUAAAAAAAGUGAAACCUUCUUGUGUUUUUUGUUUUUUGUUUUAUCAAUAAGCUUGAUUUUCCACGGUGGUAAAGUUCAACGGAAGAAUUCGUUAGUCGUUACCAACUACUGACUUAAUUCCACUAGUGAAUUCUAGAACUGUACUUACACAUUCUUCCAUAGUGGAAAAUCAAUCAUUAUAUGUAGUUUAAAAAAAAAGAGUUUUGUGUUACAAUAUUGCCAAGCUGUAUCGUGUUAAAAAGUUUAAUCUAGAUAGCAUUGUCGUAAAUAAACACAUACGAUUAUUAAAAAUUCUC